CAGGGGCGGAGCGGUGACAUGUUCAUUAAGGGCCGGGCUGCGAAGGCUCCUAGAGGAGAGCUUCGGCGCUCCUCCCGCGGGGGGCGGAAGCUGGCAGUGGUAGCUCCGCCUCCAGCUUUGGGCUCCACCUCCCGGUCUCACUUCCGCCGGGAGAACAUUGCUCGGCGUCGCUGCCGUAAGUCGGGUCGGCGGUUUGCCGCAUCACGGAAGAUGGCGGCUACGGUGGCUACAGUGAACGGGUCGACCGGCUCCGGGCCCGCGGCCGCCUCGGGCGGGAUACUACAGGCAGCGGCCGGCAUGUACGAGCACCUCAAGGACGAGUGGAACCGGAAGAGCCCGAAUCUUAGUAAAUGUGGAGAAGAGCUGGGCCGCCUGAAGUUGGUUCUGCUGGAGCUCAAUUUCCUGCCAACCACGGGGACCAAACUGACUAAACAGCAGCUCAUUCUGGCCCGUGACAUUCUGGAGAUCGGGGCCCAGUGGAGCAUCCUGUGCAAGGACAUUCCCUCCUUCGAGCGCUACAUGGCCCAGCUCAAAUGCUACUACUUUGAUUACAAGGAGCAGCUUCCUGAGUCAGCUUAUAUGCACCAGCUCCUGGGCCUCAAUCUCCUCUUCCUGCUAUCUCAGAACCGAGUGGCUGAAUUCCACACAGAAUUAGAACGAUUGCCUGCCAAGGACAUCCAGACUAAUGUCUACAUCAAACACCCCGUGUCCCUCGAGCAAUACCUCAUGGAGGGCAGCUACAACAAGGUGUUCCUGGCUAAGGGGAACAUCCCCGCCGAAAGCUACACCUUCUUCAUUGACAUCCUGCUGGACACCAUCAGGGAUGAAAUCGCAGGAUGCAUUGAGAAGGCCUAUGAGAAAAUCCUUUUUGCUGAGGCUACCCGGAUCCUUUUCUUCAGCACACCCAAAAAGAUGACAGACUAUGCCAAGAAGCGAGGUUGGGUGCUGGGCCCUAACAACUACUACAGCUUUGCCAGCCAGCAGCAGAAGCCAGAAGACAGCACCAUCCCCUCUACGGAACUGGCCAAACAGGUCAUCGAGUAUGCCCGGCAGCUGGAGAUGAUCGUCUGAGCCUCGGCCAGGGUGGUGGAUGGCUAGUCCAAUAAACCCAGUAUAGGCUGGCCUUCAAUAAAGGCAGAUUAACAACCUUU